GGUGAGGAAGGUGAGGAUGGUGAGGAAGAGGAAGGUGAGGAAGGUGAGGAUGGUGAGGAAGGUGAGGAUGAUAAGGAUGGCAAGGAUGGUAAGGACCAAGGAUGGUAAGGAUGGUAAUGGUGAGGAUGGUAAGGAUUAAGGAUGCCGAGAAUGGUAAGGAUUUGAGGAAUUGAUGUUUCAAGGGCCAGGGGCAGAGGUAUGUGAUUGGAGGGAUGGUCGGGCCGAACACCCUCGAGUCAGGCAUAACUUAGUAGGACAGAGACACAGACAGUCUCGGACACAGACACGACACAGACGCGACGCACAGACAAUCACAGGCCAGAGGGACACUCGUUCCUUUUUCUCCCUCCCUCCCUCCCUCCCCUCCCAUCUUUGUUUCUUCUUCCACUUCUUCCCUCCCCGUGUCGCCUGCAUCUGUCCAACGAAUUCCCUUCUUUUUCCCCAUUUCCCCAUUUCCCCAUUUCCCCAUUUGCCCAUCUCUCAUUUCCCAAUUUCCCCAUCUCUCAUUUAUCCGUCGCAGGUCGAUAAAUCAUAUCGACAACUUGGACUUUGCAGCGCAUCAAUUAUCAACAUCUGUUCGCUCCUUACAGUAUUGACGGGACUGUCCCACCACCAACAACUCACUACGAGUCCACAGCACCAUACAACAACACAUCUCGAUCAGAUUCAUCACGCGCUGGACUGUGUCUGCGCAUCUGCAACAAUAAGAAGGGACUACAACUACAAGAAGAAGAAUAACUACAAGAAGAACAAGAAGAACAAGAAAGAACAAGAAGAACAAGAAAGAACAAGAAGAACAAGAACAACAAGAACAACUACAAGAACAACUACAACUAAACUCGAAACAAACUCUCCCAUUCCCACAGUCGACCACCGACCACACAUACACUCUCUUCCCACAUCGCGCCCUCAUUCCCCAACAAUGGCACUCUCCCGCGCAUUCGUCACCCGCAAAGCGUCAAAAUCCCAAAACACCACGCCGGUCCCCUCUCGCAGCCUGACAUCCAAGCACUCCUUCUCCGCAGGCACCAUCCGCAACAAGAUCUCCGCCCCGGUGGCGCUCAUCUCAACAACCAACAUGAUCUCCUACAACGCGCCGGACCUGCACCCCAUCUCCACCGCCUCGCCCACCUCCUCCGGCGACGAGUCCGACAUCCCCUCCAUGUCGCACUCCGCCUCCACCACUCCCGACUCCUCCGUCCGCGGCUCGGGGUCCAGCAGCAGCACUCCCAUCUCCCCCUCCCCAAACCACCUGUCUUCCUACUUCGACAACGCCAACAACAAGCAGCCGACUCACACUCACACCACCACCGCAUUCACCGACUCCACCGCCCCCUCCAUCCCGCAGCGCUCAAUGAGCCACACCAAGAAAUCCCACGAGAUCCUCUUGCGCCAGCGCUCUACCCGCCAAUCCUCCAGGAACUCACCCCACUCCUCCUCGACGCCAGCCCGCAAACCAUCCACCUCCCACCCCCGCACCAGCGCCGACUUCUUCAGUCCCUCUGCCCCAGCCUUCGACAGCACAGCCAACCCCUUCACCAACGAGCUAGCGCAGGUGCGCGAGCUGGCUGAGGAGUACUCCGGUAGUGCGACGUGCCGCGCGAUGAGCGAGGAGGAGCAGGAUUUGUACAGUCGGGGGCUUUGCAAGUUCAGCGCUGCGGAUUAUGUGGUCGAGAUCCAGGACUUGUAUUGUGAGAUGAUUGGACAGCCGAUGCCGGUGCAGAGCUCGACCAUGAUGUGGAUCUAA